GAAAAGAUGAUGGGUUUCAAAAUUCGCCAAAUGCUUUACGUGAUGUUAAUCAUCCACCGAGUAUCUGGCGAUAUGCAUUCGGCCUCGGCCGAUUUAGCAAGUGUCUUCCAGCUGGAACAACAAGUAGUUAACGUCCUUUCAGACCUCGUCAGUCAAACAGAAACGAAACUAGGAGUUGUUCGCCAAUACUUGAAAGAGUACGAGAAAAGUGCCAUCCGUGAAACGACGGAUGACAACAAUGAGUUGAUGGAACGCCUGACCGGCAAUCCAAUUCACGCUUACAGAUUAAUGAAACGGCUUUACUUUGAUUGGCAAUUGAUUGAGAAAGAAAUCAAAACCGACGAUUGGCAAACUACCUUAACUAAACUGGAAGAAGUUCGCAAUAACGAAAAAUUCCCGCAGGAAGAAGAUUUCUUGGGAGCCACGUCCGCCCUUGUUCGAUUACAAGACACGUACGAGCUCAACAUUACUGAGUUAGUUAGAGGAAACUUGCGAGGUAGGCAAACACACGCAGAAUUAACAGCCCUUGAUUGCUUGUUUAUGGGUAAACAUGCUUUCGACGAGGGUGCCUACGCUCGAGCUGUUGAAUGGCUGGAAGAAUCUUACAUCUUGGCAGGAUUGGAAAAUAACCAAACAAUAAGACAAGAUCACAUAAUGGAAGUGAUCCAGAAGGCCAUUGAUAAACACGACGAAGCUUUACAAGAAGCCCAGCAACGUGUACCAAUGGCCGUUCUAUCGGACACGAAAUCGUUUCGUUUGCCCCUCAAGGAGAAACCUGCCGUCCUCCAGCGAAACGAAAUGAUACGCAGCCGCAAAUACGAUCGGGAUGACGCUGCAAAAUUCAACGCUCUUUGUCGAGGCGAAAGCCUUUUGAGUGAAGAGAUCUUAGCCCAGCUAAAAUGCUGGUACGAAACUCACGAGGAGCCUUACCUCUUCCUGAUGCCCAUCAAAAUCGAACAGAAUUCAAUCCGUCCGGCUAUUUACACGUUUCACGAUGUGUUGAGUGACGUGGAAAUUGAGACCAUUAAAGAACUAGCCACACCAAUGCUGGCUAGGGCUAAAGUUCUAGCUAAACAAGCGGGAUCCAAGACGACCGUUUCCAACGUCCGUACUUCGAAAACGGCCUGGCUGGCGGAUAAACUCCAUCCGCUGUUGCAUCGAAUCUCACAAAGGAUCGCACUCGCCACUGGUUUGAGAGUCAACUCUUCGCUUGACGAAGCUGAGAUAUUGCAGGUAGCCAAUUACGGAAUCGGUGGCCAUUAUUCACCUCAUCACGAUUACCUUAUGAAAGGCAAGACGGACGAAGAGUUGGGGAAAAUGGAUGCCCGGGAAUUGGCUGUUGGUGACAGGAUAGCCACAUUCAUGUUCUAUCUGAACGAUGUGGAACGCGGUGGGUCAACGGCAUUCCCGCGGGCAGAUGUCGCGGUCAAACCCGUCAAAGGCGGAGCUGCCUUCUGGUAUAAUUUGAAACGCAACGGCCAAAGCGAUCCCGAUACUCUUCACGGCGCUUGCCCUGUCCUCCUGGGCCAUAAAUGGGUUAGCAACAAAUGGAUCAGAGAAACAGCCCAGACUUUCAACAGACCUUGUCUACUCGAUCCGAACGAAUAACAUCAAUGUAUAUCAACAAUCAUGUAUAUUUUCAAGUACUAAUUACGCAGCUUAUUUGUUUCUCUCAUUU